UUUUUUUAGAAAUUUUCAAUAUUUUAAUGUUUAAUUAACACAUGUGGUUGAUGAGAAAAUACCAUUGGAGUUUUUACUUUUUUCUUUUUGUUUAAUUUGACGUCCAGUUAUAUGUUUUAUUGCUGAGAAAAUACUUUGGGAAUUAUUUAAUAAUUUUAAUGUUCAAUCGUGCUCUGUUUGGUUGCUGAAGAUGGUAUUUAAAAAAUUGUUUCUUUUCGGUUUUUGCUGAAGAUGGGACCUUUUUUUUAAAAAAAAAAGUUGUAAAAUUCUUUCUUUUUGUAUUGAUUUUUCAUUUUGAAUGAUGCUCUAUUUGGUUGCUGUGAAAAUACUGGGUUUUGGGUAUGGUUACUGGCAGUAACAUAGAUAUGCUACCGACUAUAGAUAAUGGUUCAGAAAGACCUAGAGGGAAGUUAGAAGAUAGUUUGACUGAGCUAGAAUUGAUUUUGCGAGCGCAUGGUAACCAACAAUUUGUGAGUGGUGAAAGGGAUCUUAAUAUGUGUAGGAGUGGCAGUGCUCCGCCCACGGUUGAGGGAUCCUUGAGUGCUGUUGGUAGUCUUUUUGCUAAUCCCGAUUUUGGAGACAUUAAUGGUAUCACUGGUGUUGGUAAUAGUAGUAGUAGUAGUAGCAAUAAUGUAAUGCUGUCUGAAGAUGAGAUACGCUCGCAUCCUGCAUAUCUUUCAUAUUAUUACUCCCAUGAAAACAUAAAUCCGAGGUUGCCUCCACCAUUGUUAUCAAAAGAGGAUUGGCGUGUUGCACAAAGGUUUCAGGCUAGUGGUUCUUCCCUUGGAAGCAUUGGGGACUGGAGAAAGAAGUUGAUUGAUGGUGGUGAUGGUUCAUCACUAUUUUCAAUGCAGCCUGGUCUUUCUGUACAACAAGGACAAAAUGAUUCGAUGCAACUGAGGAAUGCCAAUGCAAGGAAUACACCAGGGAAGAUGUCAGCUGAGUGGCUUGAUAAAGGCUCAGAUGGCUUGGUUGGCCUCUCUGGUUCUGGGCUUGGUUCAAGGAGGAAGAGUUUUGCUGACAUUCUUCAGGGAGGACUUGAUCGACCUGCGACCUUAUCAGGCCACCUGUCACAGCCAUCAAGUCGUAAUACUUUUAGUGAUAUGUUGGACACAGAUAGCAUUGCUGAUCCCAGCCCACCUGGUUUUUGUAAUGGAGCAGAGCUCAUGGAGGGCUUUCCUGCUGGAGUAGCACAUCCAGGUGUGGUAGGAGUUCAGAGCCAUGGUAAAACCACUUCUCACUCUUUUGGAUCUGCUGUGGGUUCAUCAUUAUCAAGGAGUACAACUCCACAACAACAUUUAGUUGGGAGGUCUCCUGGUUCUGGACUUCCUCCAGUUGGGAGCAAGGUGGGCCAUGUAGAAAAAAAGAAUAUCAUUGGAUCUAAUGUCCAAAAUGUUUAUUCUUCUACUGUACCUGAACUUGCUGAAAUUGCAGCUACAUUAUCGGGAUUGACCUUAUCAAAAACUAGACAUGCAGAUGAGAAUAGUCAUAUGCGAUCUAAUCUUCAGGCUGAUAUGGAUAAUCAGCUAGAAUUUUCAUUCAACAUGCCCAAUGGUCAUAAUCAGAGUGUGCAGCACCAAUUUAUUGACAAGUCCAGUGCUGAAAAGCUCUCAUUUUCUACAAACUAUAUUGACUUAGCUAGGGAGAAGGGGAUUGCACCUAAUAUUAAUGCUUCUAAGAUUAGUUCCAAUGGGCAAGUCAGCAUUCCCAAAAGAACUUCCUCUUCUGCAGAUCUUUAUGCAGAAGUGCAUCCUUCAGGGCUUGGAAGUUUGGAAGGAUCUGAUGUUGGCCAUCUCAAUGUGAAUCUUAUGAACACAGAUUUCAUUGGCCAUCUUCCUGGUGCUUAUUCUGUUAACCAGAAGUUAAAUUCUACAAUUAAGAACCAUUUAAAUGCAGGUUCCUCUUUGGCUGGUAAUGGUGAUAGGCAAAGUUUAAGUAGAGCUGGUAAUCAAGGAUCUAACCUUGUUUCUCCACUUUUGGAUCCUCAUUAUAUCCAGUACUUGCAAAGAACUUCUCAGUAUGCAACACGUGCUGCAACUAGUCCUGAUUCUCUGCAUGCUGGGAACUAUGUUGGUACUUUGCAUGGGGAUUUGGAUGGCCUUCAAAAAGCGUUCCUUGAGGCAAUAUUAGCUCAGCAGAAGCAGCAGUAUGAACUGCCACUUUUAGGUAAAGCUGGUGGUCUGAAUCAUGGCUAUUAUGGGAAUCCCUCGUAUGGUCUUGGCAUGCCAUAUGCUGGAAAUCCACUGGCAAAUUUUGUACUCCCAUCCAUUGGUUCUGGAAGUAUACAGAAUGACAGAGCACAUUUUAAUUCAAUGAUGAGAAGCUCGACAGGAGCAUGGCACUCAGAUAUCAGUAAUAGUGUGGAUGGAAGAUACAUAUCAUCUUUAUUAGAUGAAUUUAAGAACAAGGCUAGAUCUUUUGAACUUGUAGAUAUUGUUCACCAUGUUGUUGAAUUCAGUACGGAUCAGUAUGGUAGUCGCUUUAUUCAGCAGAAAUUAGAAACUGCCACGGAGGAAGAGAAGAACAAAAUAUUUCCUGAGAUUAUUUCCCAUGCUCGAGCUUUGAUGACUGAUGUCUUUGGAAAUUAUGUCAUACAGAAAUUUUUUGAGCAUGGUACAGAAAGUCAAAGAGCAGAGUUAGCCAGUCAGCUUACUGGUCAUGUGUUGCCUCUUGGUCUUCAAAUGUAUGGUUGCAGAGUGAUUCAGAAGGCUAUGGAAGUGUUUGAUUUGGAUCAGCAAACAAGGAUGGUGGCAGAGCUUGAUGGUUCAGUCAUGAAAUGUGUUCGUGAUCAGAAUGGCAAUCAUGUUAUUCAGAAGUGUAUAGAGUGUGUCCCGCAAGAUCGAAUUCAGUUUAUCAUUUCAGCUUUCUAUGGUCAAGUUGCAGCGCUUUCUACCCACCCUUAUGGUUGUCGUGUCAUUCAGAGGGUGUUAGAACAUUGCAAUGAUGUAAAAACCCUACAAAUCAUUAUGGAUGAAAUUAUGCAAUCUGUAUGCACUCUGGCACAAGAUCAAUAUGGGAAUUAUGUUAUUCAGCAUGUUAUUGAACAUGGUAAACCACAUGAGCGAUCUGCCAUUAUCAGCAAGCUUGCAGGACAAAUCGUGAAGAUGAGUCAACAAAAAUUUGCUUCUAAUGUUGUUGAGAAGUGCUUGACUUUUGGUGGGCCAGAGGAACGUCAAAUUUUGGUCAAUGAGAUGCUUGGUUCUACCGAUGAAAAUGAGCCAUUGCAGGCUAUGAUGAAAGAUCAAUUUGGAAAUUAUGUUGUACAAAAGGUUCUUGAAACUUGCGACGACCAUAAUCUUGAGUUAAUUCUUUCUCGUAUCAAGGUUCAUUUAAAUGCCCUGAAGAGGUACACUUACGGCAAACAUAUUGUUUCUCGUGUUGAGAAGCUUAUUGCAACUGGAGAAAGGCGCAUAGGAUUACUAUCCUCAUUGGCCUCCUGAAUAAUCCAUAUAUAAUCAUGUAUGGCAUUUUUUUUUCUCUGCUGCCAUGACAAGACUGCAAAUAGAUACAAUUUGUACAGUUGACAUGGAUGGUGAUUUUAGCAUUCAUCAUCUUGAGUCUUAUUCACUAUAAAAAGUUGUAGAUAAACAUAAAUCUAGUAGGUCUGUAGAAUAAGAUUAUCAUUGUCAAUAUCUAAUUGUAUUUUCGUCGCAUUGUUUUGGAACUCUGAUGAAUCAGACCAGAGGAUGGCUUAUAUUUUUACUAUCCAUUCUGGAAGUAGAUGAUAGAAGCUAUAAGGAUGACUUAUAUUUUUGCAAUCCAUUCUGCAGGUAGAUAAUAGAAGGUAUAGAUUGUAAAGCUGUAGCUUGGAUGUAAUUGUUUAAUGAGAAUUUUUGCUUGCAUAUUUACAUUUAUAACUUAUUGAAAUCAAAAUACAAGCCUUAUGCA